CAGCGAUAUUGACAUUAUCAUUGCGGUAAGCGGCGGCGUUAUUGCAUGUAUUGCAUGUACAUUUGAUGCUUAUGUAUUGUCAGGAAAUGCAGACAGAUUGUUGAUUAUUUCUUUGCUGAUUUUAUAUCUCGUCAAAACACUCGGGGUUUGCGUUAAUCCGGAGAAGAUGGCCUUGAUGGAACACUUGGCGGGGCGUGUCAGUCGUAUCAUUCAAGAGAUUGAAGGUUGCAUCGACAGAGAUGUCGAUGUUGAAGAGAAUGUGUUUUUUAUGGUGGAGUCUGUGGUUCGUGAUUCCAUUGAUGUGUGCAUUGGAAAUGCGAUUGUGGAAACGAUCCCAGGUCUUUUGCUGCAGGUAUUGAAUUUGAUUUCAAUAGAUGAUGGAGAUGGAACUUCGGCUGUGGCUAGUGGUGGCAGUUGGCUUUCUGCCAGCAGGCAUACUCCCGAUGGCUGUACUGCUGUCAGUGCUGAACCAAUGAAGAAGAGGGGUAGACGUCCCAUCCUGACUUCCGGAGCAGAAAGGCAGAUUGGAUAUCUAUUGGGUGAAGGAUUCAAAGUGCAAGAUAUUGCUGACAUACUGAAUGUUUCUAAAAGGACCAUUGAGAACAAAAUGAGAGAUAGUGGUCUAUCCAUACGUGCCCAAUAUACCGAGAUAGAUGAUGAAAUUCUUGACUCCAAGGUGUUUUCAGUAAUGUCAAUCUUUCCAAAUGCUGGAUUUAAGACAAUCGAGGGUGACCUUCGUCGACAAGACAUUAGAGUACAACAACACAGGCUUCGUAGUUCUAUGUGGAGGGUUGACCCAAAUGGGGGCACCAUUAGACAAAUUCGUCACAUACGACGUCGCAAAUAUCAGGUGAAGUCACCUUUAUCUCUUUGGCACAUCGAUGGACACCACAAGUUGAUACGAUGGAAAUUCGUAAUCCAUGGAGGAGUUGAUGGUUUUGGCCGCCUCAUUGUGUAUCUAAAAUGCAGUACCAAUAACAAGUCUUCCACAGUGCUACAUGCCUUCCAGGAAGCAGUGAAUACAUGGGGACUUCCAUCAAGAGUUCGUGCUGACAAAGGGGUUGAGAAUAGAGAUGUUGCAGAAUGGAUGCUGUGUCAUCCAUUGCGGGGUCUUAAUCGUGGCUCAUUCAUAACUGGAAAGAGUGUUCACAACUCCCGUAUUGAGAGGAUGUGGCGGGACGUUUACACAACUGUUGUAUCCACAUUUUAUGGCCUGUUCAUCAACUUAGAGGAUGAAGGCAUUCUGAACUGUGACAGCGAUAUUGAUCUUUUCUGUCUCCACUACAUUUAUGGUUCAAGAAUAAACCUAGCACUGGCACGGUUCACUGAGGCUUGGAACAACCAUAAACUUCGCACAGAAAGGCAUAAGACUCCAAAACAGCUGUUUAUUAAAGGCCUAUCCACUCUUGAUGGAGGAGAUGCAAUUGCAAUCGAAUACUUUGAAUUGCUAAAUGAGGAACAAGCAGCACAUUUUGGAAUAGAUGCAGAGGCCCCAUUCCCAGAUGAAACGGUCACUGAUGCAGGAGUCAUUGUGGAAAAUGUUCAAGUUACAUUUGGUGCUGAAGAGAUUGCAAGGGUUUAUGAACAGUUUGAUCCCAAUGAUGUUGAAGAUGAAUGGGGAAUGAACACUUAUAGACUUAUGAGGGAACAUAUGAGUUCACUCCUGCCUCCUCAAACAUACUAAAAAUGUAUCUACUGCUCAUACAGUUGUUGAGUACACUCAUAAUUAGCUGCAACUCUGUCUAAAAUGGAAAGUUACGCAACCUCUGUAUAACUACUUUGUCAGACAAUGGCUCUUUGAAACACAAAUACAUAAUUCACUACAAAAGAAACUGCUUUGCCCACAUGUAAGCAUGAUGCAUGGGUUUAAGUGAGAUAUCUUAUCAAUAAAGAUCGGGUAAAUGUGUACAGCUAAAAUAUAUGUUGUGUUGCACUCAUGAAUAAAGAAGAUAUUCAAUGUAUUUCAAAUAAUCGAAGCAGUUAAAUCAGUGUGUUUAAACACCAAGGCAAUUUCAGUUUUUCGCAAAACCAAAGGUGCAUUUGUCCCUAUUUCAACAAACAAGGACAAAUUGAGUCCACCCUGAUGAGGAGGCAAAAUUUGUUUUUCCUGUUUUAACUUCAUGUGUCCAUUCUUUCCUUCAUGAAGCCGUCACAGCUGAAUGAUGUAUCGAAGACACGAAACAUGGAUUGUUCAUCCAACUGUGAGAGAGCAUUUCCUUCCACGGGCAUUCUCAACAUGUUUGUACAUGUUGAGGCUGAUAAGAGGAAUACAUUUGGGUCACUUGAAUCCUUUAUCACAAAAAUCAUUGUUGGUUUUGGUGAGAAGCCAAAUAACGGGAUGCGUUCACACCCAGUUACAAACCUCAGAGCGUCGCCAAGGUCUAUUUUGGAAGGAGACUCCUCUCCUCCUGGUUGAAUGAAAUACCUGUUGCAAGCUGAAAGUAAAGAUUAAAAUGGAAUUGGGUCCAAUUGUACAAUAAUACACCGAGGCACUUGCAAAACUAUGACAUACAUUCUAGUAGUAGUAUACCUGCCAAACACCAUGUAACUUAAUUUUAAUAUUUUUCAGAACUCGUGGCCUGAGUGAAUAAACCUUAUGAGGCAGGAGCAAUGACUUCUACAUCUUCGAUCAAGCAGUGCAGA